AUGGCCGCGAACUGCCGUCCCCGGCCUGCCAAGCCCAUCCCAGGCCCUAAGCCGCCGGACCCGACUUGCAAGCUCCACGACCCCGACCUGCAGGCCCCAUGGGCCCAGCCCGUCGUCCCCAGCCCAGGCAUGUCGUCCCUGACCCCGGCUCCCCGACCCGUCGGCCCAGUCCCCGUCCCCAUCCCCGGCCCGAACCCCCCCCCAAAAAAAAGUAAUAAAACUCACCUCGAUGGUGGCAUCAACGAUGGCUUUGCGGAUGGCGACAGCGACGGUGGAGCAAAUGGUGACGGUGGAGCGAACGGUGAUGGCGGCCAAACAGGGGGAGAGACGUGGAACGCUAGGGGGGAGCGCAAGAAAAUGCCGAGUGAGGGCAGGGAGGGCAACGAGGAAGAAAAUGGGUUUCAGAUGGGACAUGACGGGACGUGGGGUAUUAGCGACAAAAAUUAA